GAACGGAUAACAGUGUGUUUGUGCAGACUUGCGAGCAUCACCGUGAAUUUAUUGUGGAUUACAAUUUUAUUGUAAAUACGCAACGCUCUGGAAUUUACUUUUCGAGGAGACAUCCUUCGAUCUGUGGAUUACUUUACAUCUUUGAAGAAAUAUGACUUUGGAAGAAGUUGUUGGAUGCAACAGCACUGACAGAAAAAUGGAGACGGUUAGUCAAGCUCUCGAGGAGCUACUGGUGGCUGCACAACGACAAAACUGUCUUACAGUUGGAGUCUACGAGUCUGCUAAACUAAUGAAUGUAGACCCAGACAAUGUUGUAUUGUGCGUACUGGCCACCGAUGAGGAAGACGAGAAUGAUGUUGCGCUACAAAUUCACUUCACGCUUAUCCAAGCCUUCUGCUGUGACAUUGACAUUAAUAUUCUCCGCGUCUCCGGCAUGAGACGUCUAGCCCAAGUACUCGGCGAGCCGCUCUCUACUGACAGCAACGGCAACGAGCCAAAGGAUCUACACUGCAUAUUAGUCACUAAUCCACAAGCCGAACAUAUGAAACUGAAUGAAGUAGGAAGUUACUGCAAAGAGAGCCGCUGCAAAAACCAAUGGGUUCCGUCCAUCGCAUUGCAGGAGCGCUGAGGAACCUUGCACCUUACCCGAGGAAUACUUUCAAAAAAAUGAUGUCGUCAUUCAAUAAAGUUGAAUGCAUAUCAUCAAUAUUCCAGUCCUCUGAUCCCGUGUAUGUGGAAUACAAGGGGCCGGCAGAGUUCUGCAGGGAUUAUGGGACUGUACUGUGUACUGGUUGCUCUCCACGACUUGAGAGAAAGAAGAUGGAGCAGGGCGCUAGUGGGACGGUGGACCGUGCAGUUCGCCUUGUAAACCACAUGAUAUGGUUGCAAGAGGAUUGAUUAUAUGACUAAGGAGGCGCAGAAGCGUACUUUAGUCACCACGUGGAGAUGAGAAGACAACACGUGACUGUAACCUAGCAGCACUGUCACAGGUCAAAAGACGUUCUGACAGAGGAAAAUUCAAAUGCUGCUG